UUGAAUGCAGCAUCACAUCUGCUGGAGGACAGGGCCUUCAGGCGUGGGACGCUCCUGAGGCUGUGAUGCAUUCAGGACCCGCCCUCCUCCUCCACCUCCUGCACUUGUCAAAGGGAUCGGCAAAUUACAUCACACUUCUAACCAAAGACUCACGGGCGAACACCAGGACAAUAACAACAAAACACAGGGCUACUUAUUUAUUUACUUAAAAUGAUUCCUUUCAAGAGAACUUUUGAUGGGGAGAAGCAGCAGCUGCACGAGCUCAACAACAGACUCGCGCGCUAUCUGUCCAGAACCAAGCAGCUGGAGCAGGAGAACGCGCAUCUUCUCGCUGAGACGAACAAACUGCGGCAGGCGGGCUGCACGGCGGAGUGGGAGCAGAAGAGCAGGCAGGAGAUGCGGGACUUGCGGAGGGUGGUGGAACAGCUGUCCCAGGAGAAGUCCCGCGCUGAGAUGGAGCGCGAGAAGCUGCGGCGGGAGCUGCAGGCGGUCCGGUGUGUGUGCUGCGAGCAGAGCGAGGUGUGCCGGGACAUCGACGGGGAGCUGCAAGGCUGCGAGAAGGAGCUCCAGCAGGCGCACAAAGUCAACAGCGAGCUCCAGCAGCGGCUCUCCCAACUCCAGCACGAGUACGAACGCCUGGAGGGCGCGCGCAAGCAGGAGGUGGCCCACCUCCGGCGGCAGGUGGAGUCCCGGGCGGCGCCCUUCUUCAUGCAGACCUACCGCGGCCCCUCCGCGGUCUCCGUGGAGGAGGUGCAGGAGUACGCCCGCGGCCUGUCUGACGGCUGGAUAGAGACGUUUGAAAUGUACCAGCAGAAGGUGGAGGGCAUGGAGCGCGCGAUCAGGCAGGACCAGGCGAGGCUGGGCGACCUGCAGAGGGAGAGGAUGCUCUACGCCUCCCAGCUGGACAAACUGCGCGCGGAGGCGGAGACGACAGGGCAGGUGCAGCUGCGGCUGGAGGAGCAGCUGGUGAACAUGCAGGAGCACUUCCGCGUGGACCUGAGUGAACAUCAGAUGGUUAUUGAGCGGCUCGAGCAUGAGAGGAACAUGCUGGCUGGUGCUUUGGAAGAAAAAAUGAGAGAACACCAGCACCUUCUCCAGGUGAAGAUGGACCUGGGCAUGGAGGUGGCUGCUUACAGGGCUCUCCUGGAAAGUGAAAGAGAUGGUCUACAAGAUGCUCACAGGAGGGUGAAUCAACAUCAGAGGGAAAGAAUAAUAGAUAUCAAGAUGCCUGCCCAAACUUUCACUCCAAGAACUUCUACCUUAACCACAAGACGACAUAUGGAUAUUAGCUAUACAUCACCAGCAAACCUGAGAGGAUCCCCAGUGACGACAUCUGGGUCUGUAAGUCCCUCCAGGGUCACUCCUAUUUCAGCUGCAGAGAGAGCUCGCCAUCAGAGUCCGGCGUCCAGAAGGGACAUGAUCUCAUUCAACAAAGCUCGGGCUGCCGCUCCAGCCCCCGCUACCACCACCACCACCAGCAAAGAUAAACACUUUGGUCAGAGUCAAAACCAAAUGAGUCAAAACGUUCAGAAAAUUGUGCCAGAGGAGCAAGUUUUGAGACUCAAACAGGUCUCUCCAGAAAGCCAGAUCGGUGCUACAACCGACAGCAAAUCAGUAAGAGUGGCAUCACCCCCAAAGUUGAGCCUCAGCACAAAGACUGAGACAGAAAGCAAAAUGCACGUGUCAGAUGAGGAUGAGAGAUGCAGUGAUCGUGAGGAGCUGAAAGAUAAAGGGAGAGCAGAGUCUUCUACAGGCUCAACUGAGAAAAAAAUACUAGACUCCGUAUCAGUAGAGGAUAUUAUUGAGAAAGUGAUCAAACCAGCAGGUUUAGAGGCUAAGGUCUGUUCAUCAGGAGACUCAAAGGUCAGUUACCACGUGGAGAAAACUGAGCAGGAUGAUGGCACCACCAAGACACAGAUUGUCCUGGAGUCUAAGGUGGAGGAAGAGCUGGAUGUUUCUGAGGACUCUGUCCUGGAAGAACUCCUGAACCAAUGUGUGAAGAAAGUGUCACUAGAGGACAUAGAAGAUACAGCAACAGGAAGCAUGAUUAAGAAUCUGCUAAGCAGCCUUCAAGAAGGAGAAAGCUUGGAUAACAAGUCUGUCAAUGUGGAAAUCAUUGAGGAACCUAUUGCAUCUCAUAGUGACAAGGAGCUAGAGGUUGAAGAGAAGAGAGGAUCUAGUUUUAAUGAGCCCUCAACACAUUUCCAAAUUGAGGAAAUAGAAAAUGUCCAUUGUGCUCCUCAAGAAGAAAAAAGUGAGAUUGAUGAGAUGAAAUUCUCCCAAGGAGUCACAAACCAGUCCAGUGGUGGAUCUGUACAAGUUCAGGAAGUCUUUAGAGAAAAUGAGUCUCCACAGUUUUCCCAAGACCAAGACUUACGUGAGUAUUUUGUGUCCACACCAGAUGAAAACCUAUCUGAACCUGAGGAGGGUGGAGGGAUAAUGUCAUAUGGUCAUUAUGGAAUUGUAGAUGACCUGUCAGAUGAAAGGUAUUAUCAAGAUGAGAGCCUUCCACAGAGAAGCGUGACUGUAGAGGGAAGUGAUGAAUUCAAGUCAGGCAAACCCUCGUUCGCCAAAGAGAAUUUUCCAGAGUGCAUCAUUGAAGAAGAGGUUCGUGUCUCACCUAUAGUGCAAGAGUCAGUGCUGGAGUUUCUAAGAGAGGACUCCUUGGAGCCCAAAGAGCAGCUGAAAGGAGCUCUGGAGACAUUACAAAGUUCAGUGUCAGGUCCUCUGAAGGAGGAACUAGCGUUCCUCACAAAACUGAGCAGAGAAAGUCCAGAUAAUUUGGAAGUUAGAAAAGUUGAGCAGUCCACCAAUAAUGGAACCAUGACAAUAGUUGCAGAGCUAAAUGUCUCUCAAACCCUUGAAGACUCUGGACUGCUGGAGGAAGGAGACGAUCUUUCUGAGGAGCAGAUCAUGAAAGCUCUCAGAGCGUCUAACCUGGAUCUCGAGAAAGCCUUCCAGGGAGGGGCAGGAGCUGGGUACAGCAUCAGAGUUUCUGAAGAGGAGGUUGCUCAUGUUGGGGAUUUUGAAGGCUUCGGUGACGAUGAGGCUUCUACAUCUCAGAUCAUUGAAAAACACAUCAAACUGGAGCCAUCAGAGAAGUCUUUCACUUUUCAAAUGGAUGAUCAGGGCAGUAUCGCCGUGGCAAGCUCAGAGCCGGAGCUGAUUUUGGAAUCCCCGGUGAAGACAUCGGAAGAAAAACGUGUUGCAACAGUUUACCUUGAAGGCCCUUUAGAGUAGAGAAAAAAAACAUCUGGAAUUGAACAGAAGCUACUCUAAUGCAACAGUCCACACGUGACACACAAAUGCUGAAUAUGUCUGCAAACCAAGAUAUCUAAACGAGCUUGUUGUGAACUUUUACAAUAUUUAGUCAGUUGGCGUUCACCAAAACACCAAGCACGAACGGAUAUUAACCAGAUGAAGUUAGGGAUGAUGCAUCUACAAGCUGCAGGGAAUGCUGAUGCAUGUUUAUGUGUUUACACAACUUCCACGCUAUCUUCAAAUAGAUAUGUUUAAUCUCUUCUUUUUUAAUUAGCUUAGACUGUUCUGUUGAGCAUGAACAGCCUAUAUUUGCGUUAGCGACACCAUUAACUUAGCCAUUCUUUCACAAUGUUGAGUCUUCUGUAUUUACAUUUAAUGCAGAUCAACACGGGUCAUGAGUCAUGAGGUGCUUCUGCUCCAUUUGCAGAUUGGAGUUUUAACCUUUUUUGUGCCUUGGACUCUUCUACAAAACACGACAUCCAGAGAAAUGUGGUUAGUUUAGGAAGAAGUCACUAACAUAAAAUGUAGUUAAACUUGGGGCUAAAGUUUAUUGUGGGAUAGGGAAAAACUAUUUUAGUAAAUAAGGUAUAAACAUGGCAUAAAAUAACAUUGCUUGAUAUUUUAGAUUGUUU